UCAAGUCAAGUCAAGACAUUUUUAAGAACAAAAGUUAGUUUUUGUUAACUUUGUACUGGGUUGGAUAAGACACAUCGGUGUCAGUGUAUCCAUCGAAUAGAUAAAUUUGGGUCAUAAUUAAAAUAACAAUGCAGUCGUUCGCUUUGGUGCCAUUAGUCCUUUGCACCGUUUUUGCCCAUAUUGGUUGUUAUGAAGCAAAACCAAUAACUGAACCUGAAGGGCAUGUGCGAGCGAAAUGGAAUAUUCCGAUUCAAGACAAAAGGAGUCUUUUUGAAACAGCUACAGCUUUGCAGCAUACGAUAGACGCUAUGAUAGUAGCUCUUUCUGGGAGUGACACAAAAAGAGGUCUUUUUGAAACAGCUACAGCAUUGCAGCAUACGGUAGAUGCUAUUGUAGCUGCUCUUUCUGGGAGUGACACAAAAAGAGGUCUUUUUGAAACAGCUACAGCAUUGCAGCAUACGGUAGAUGCUAUUGUAGUAGCUCUUUCUGGGAGUGGAACAAAAAGAGGUCUUUUUGAAACAGCUACAGCAUUGCAGCAUACGAUAGACGCUAUGAUAGUAGCUCUUUCUGGGAGUGACACAAAAAGAGGUCUUUUUGAAACAGCUACAGCAUUGCAGCAUACGGUAGAUGCUAUUGUAGCUGCUCUUUCUGAGAGUGGCACAAAAAGAGGUCUUUUUGAAACAGCUACAGCAUUGCAGCAUACGGUAGAUGCUAUUGUAGUAGCUCUUUCUGGGAGUGACACAAAAAGAGGUCUUUUUGAAACAGCUACAGCAUUGCAGCAUACGGUAGAUGCUAUUGUAGUAGCUCUUUCUGGGAGUGACACAAAAAGAGGUCUUUUUGAAACAGCUACAGCAUUGCAGCAUACGGUAGAUGCUAUUGUAGCUGCUCUUUCUGAGAGUGGCACAAAAAGAGGUCUUUUUGAAACAGCUACAGCAUUGCAGCAUACGGUAGAUGCUAUUGUAGUAGCUCUUUCUGGGAGUGACACAAAAAGAGGUCUUUUUGAAACAGCUACAGCAUUGCAGCAUACGAUAGAUGCUAUUUUAGCUACUCUUUCUGAAAGUGAUACUAAUGUAUAAAUACAAUUGUUCACAAAACUACGUAACAUUAUUUUCAAGUUGGUUUAACUGUUUUGAAAAAAAAAAGUAUCCAGAGUUAUAAAAUAAAAAUACGUUGAUAUAAUAAUUAAUUAAUAACAACAAUUCAAAUUACACAAAAUAUUAACAUUAAUAAUAAAAAUUAUACUUUUAUCUCAGAAAUGUUUUUGUUUAUUUAAUAGUUCAUGUACAAAGCAAAUAGAAUAACAGAGAUUGCAUUU